GGUCAAUUUGUUUAACCGUUAGUAUUGAUAGAACCGUGAUUUUACUCGAAAGUAUUACACAUUAAACUCUAUUGUAAAUCAAUGUACUCUGAAUAAAAUAGUUACAUUAUUCGUCGAGUAGUUUUCAAAAUUUUGUUUCAUCGCUAUCAAGGAAUUUGGGGCAACGACAAAAAUGGAGCCAGAAUUAGAUGAACUAGAACUAGAAGAAUUCGAUGAACUACUUGUAUUCGAAUUAAACCAUAUUUCAUAUUUUAGAUGUAAACUUAAUGCCGAUGUAACUAUUAAAUUACAAAGAUACAUAAUUGAUAACCGCAUUAAAGAUGAAGAUUUAGAAGAUGAGGCAGUUGUAAGAGCUAUGCUACUUGCGUCAAUGAACAGAGUCACUAUUACACCUGAAUUAUUAAAUAACUUUAAAGAAACGGUUCUUUCUUUCGGACUGGAUACUUGGAAGGUAGCUGAACUUUAUCAUUUAAAUUUAGCCAUAUUACUAGUCGCUUGCGUUGAAUAUGUUCUGUAUCCCGAUCGAGAUGAUGAGGAAUAUAAAGAGUUAUAUCGCCUCGACGAGCCAAAGGUGAUCGAGGCAUAUAACAUGCUGCAUGAUUUGCCAAAAGAAAACAUACCCAAUGAAGACCAACUUGAAGAUGCUAAAAAAUUUUUUUAUUGCGAAAAGUUUCUGGAAGAAGAUGGUUAUUUGAAUAAUAUAAGAUCCUACUUGCGAUAUAAUAUUUACAUCGGUCCAGAUGAAAUAAAAUACAUGAAAAAUAGUUCUAUCAAAAUGAUGGACGACAGGCGCGACCUAGAACAAUUUGGAUUUCUACGCUGUGCUGAGAGACACAGCAAUUAUAGAAAUUUGCAAUGAUAUUCAUGCAUGUUAAAUUUGUAUUAUUAUCAAAGAAAAUUUUGAAUUGUACCGGAAACACAAAUAUGACAAAAAUUCAUUAAAACAACGAAAAAAAAAUUCAAUUAAAAGGAGUUGCAUUUUAUGUUUUAGAAGUAAAAAACUAAUGACAUGCCGAUGCAAUACAAUUAU